AUGGAAAUUGUCUUGGGUUGGACCAGGCUCCUUGUGAAAUUCCAGACGACUGUUUCGCGAAAAAUGCCACUUGUAAAAGUAAAAAUUUCCGACAAUGCGUGUGGUACUUCUGGAACAUGUAAGAAAAAAAAUACCGAAUGCAAGAAUGAAAAAUGUCAAUGUCUUCCUAAUUACAAGGAAAUGGAUGGAAAUUGUCUCGGAUUGCAUCAAGCUUCUUGUGAAACUUCAAAAGAUUGUUUUUCCAAAAAUGCCACUUGUAAGAAUAAAAAGUGCGAUUGUCUGGAUCCAUUUUAUUAUGAAGAUUAUCACUGCUACAAAAAAGCUAAAGGGAUCGGCGAUGCGUGUCUUAGUCAAAUAGCAUGUAAGGAAAUAAAAAAUACUGAAUGCAAGGAUGGAAAAUGUCAAUGUCUUUCUAAUUACAAGAUAAAAGAUGGAAAUUGUCUUGGGUUGGACCAGGCUCCUUGUGAAAUUCCAGAAGACUGUUUCACGAAAAAUGCCACUUGUAAAAGUAAAAAGUGCGAGUGUCCUGACCGAUUUCAUUAUGAAGAUGAACAUUGCUACGAAAAUGAUAAACUUUCCGACAAUGCGUGUGGUACUUCUGGAACAUGUGAGAAAAAAAAUACCGAAUGCAAGAAUGAAAAAUGUCAAUGUCUUCCUAAUUACAAGGAAAUGGAUGGAAAUUGCCUUGGAUUGAAUCAAGCUCCCUGUGAAACUUCAAAAGACUGUUUUUCCAAAAAUGCCACUUGUAAAAAUAAAAAGUGCGAUUGUCUGGAUCAAUUUUAUUAUGAAGAUUAUCACUGCUACAAAAAACCUAUAGGGAUCGGCGAUGCGUGUCUUAGUCAAAUAGCAUGUAAGGAAAUAAAAAAUACUGAAUGCAAGGAUGGAAAAUGUCAAUGUCUUUCUAAUUACAAGAUAAAAGAUGGAAAUUGUCUUGGGUUGGACCAGGCUCCUUGUGAAAUUCCAGAAGACUGUUUCGCGAAAAAUGCCACUUGUAAGAAUAAAAAGUGCGAUUGUCUGGAUCCAUUUUAUUAUGAAGAUUAUCACUGCUACAAAAAACCUAUAGGGAUCGGCGAUGCGUGUCUUAGUCAAAUAGCAUGUAAGGAAAUAAAAAAUACUGAAUGCAAGGAUGGAAAAUGUCAGUGUCUUUCUAAUUACAAGAUAAAAGAUGGAAAUUGUCUUGGGUUGGACCAGGCUCCUUGUGAAAUUCCAGAAGACUGUUUCGCGGAAAAUGCCACUUGUAAAAGUAAAAAGUGCAAUUGUCCGAGUCAAUUUUAUUAUGAAGAUGAUCACUGCUAUAAAAAACCUACAAGUAUCGAUGAUGCGUGUCAUAGUCAAAAAGCAUGUAAGAAAGUAAAAAAUACUGAAUGCAAGGACGAAAAAUGUCAAUGUCUUCCUAAGUUUAAAAAAAGAAGUAAAAGAUGUGUGGGAUUGAAUCAAGCCCCUUGUAAAACAUCAAGAGAUUGUUUUGCCAAAAAUUCAGUUUGUAAUAACAAAACGUGCGAGUGUCCUGACCAAUUUUACUAUGAAAAUAAUCAUUGUCAUGAGCCAGCUACAAAAAUCGGUGAUGCUUGUUAUAACGAAAAAGCUUGUAAGAACAUCAACAACACUUCUUGUAUCGACAACAAGUGCCGUUGUAAAGGAAAUUUCACGAAAGCCGAAGGAUCUUGCCGAGCAUUGGUUUUUCCUGUUGGUACCGAUUAUCAGUGUCCCAACGGGUUCUAUUUUCAAAACGGAUACUGCUUGCACCCUGACCAUUCUUCGUGCGACAAAAUCGAUUGGUAUUGUACAAUUAGUACUUUGCGGUCGAGCUUCCAUACGUUCAAAGAGCAGCUUAUUGACUUUAAGCAGAAAGUUGCUUGUAAAGCUUUGGUUUUUUUAAACUUUUUUACUAAUAAUCAUAGAUCUUGUUAAUCAUAUUCAAUUGCAAUUUAUAUUUUAAGAAUCAAUAUGUUAUUAUGAUACUUUUUAUUUAUUUUAACAGUAGCUUAGUAGUUUAUUAUGAAAGUUGUAAGAGUGUAUUUGAUAAAAAUAAAUCAU